AUGUCCGUCAUCUACAAGAAGACGGAGCGCGAGCGCGAAUGGGAGACCGGCUCAUCGCGCAAUGGCGGUGGUGGCUACACCACGGUCAGGCGCUACAAACUCCCUGAUCGCACCCUCGAGGAAGACACAUACGAGUCCGAGAUGCGGCUGGUCCAGCGCAGCCGUAACGACUUUGACGACCAUCGCUCCGUCAAGGACUACGUUAUUGAGCGAAGCGUUGAGCCUGUUCGCGAAGUCAGACACUACCACUAUGCCGAACGUUCGCCCUCACCACAGCGAUCCGAGUAUCGCAUCCACCGCGAGUAUGAGCGUGAGUACGAGCGCGCGCCCUCUCCAGCACGCACUGAGAUCCGCAUCUCGCGGGAAUAUGAGCGCGACGAGGAAAUCUUCCCCCGGGAGCAGCCCUACGAGUUGGAAAAGUAUUCCAGGUCCACCGAGUAUUUCCGUCCUGAACCGCAGCCGCAGCCGCAGGCCCCUCCCCAGUCCAUCUACAUCCGCAAUGAAGCCGCUCAGCCUAUGCAGAUGCAGAUGCAGCCUAUUAUUAUCCGAGAGGAGGCCCCUCAGCCCAUCAUCAUUCGUGAGCGUGUUCCGGAACCCGUGUAUGAAGAGGAAAGACCGGUUGUUCGACAGCAACAAGAGCAGGACUACUACUAUGAACGUCGAUACAAAGAGAUUGACCGUGGAAACCGUCACGAUGAGGAACAGAACUACUACAGCGACGAUGACGUGUAUUAUUACAAAACCAAGGAUACCUGGGGUGGAAGCGAGACCCGCGUCAAACGUGACGUCGCUGCAGGUGCCCUUGCUGGCGUCGCUGCUGGCCAGAUUAUCAGGCAUCACCGCAAGAGAAAGGGUGAAGCACCUGGCGGCUCCAUUGGUAAUGCCCUUGGCUAUGGCACGCUAGGUGCCGUGAGUGCCGUAGCUCUCGACAGGUUCAACAACCGUUCCCGCUCUCGUUCUCGAUCUGUCUCUUUGGACAGGGGUAGAGAGCACCGACGCCAUAAGUCUCGUCAUCGCAGCAAAUCCCGUCACCGUAGUAAAUCCAGGGCCAGAGAGCUUGGUACUCUUGCCGCUAUCGCAGGUGUCGGAGCUCUUGCCUACGCUGCUGGACAAAGGAACAAAGCGAAGACGAAAGAAGAGACGGUCACAAUCAUAGAAGAUCGACACCGCAGCAGGUCGCGUCAUAGGAGCAAGUCGCGCCAUAGGAGGGGCCGAAGAAAGUCGAGGUCCGUCUCGGUGGUAUCAGACAGGAGUAGGUCUCGUAGUACGAGCAAGCACAUGGACCCCGAGCACCGCAACAAGCGAGUGGCAGAAGUUGGCCUAGCUAGUGCUGUUCUCGCCGGCCUCGCUGAACGCCGGCGUAGCAAAUCCCGGAAGCGUGAGGGAAAGCGCUCUCCAAGCCGCAUUCGACAGGGUGUACCGAUCGCUGCCGCCGGUGUUACUGGCGCAGCUAUCACUGGACUCUAUGAGAAACGUAAGGCUAAGAAGGAAGCUAGGGAAGCAUCGCGCUCGAGGUCAAGGUCGCGUUCCAGAUCGAGGUCAGUCCUCUCCCGUCUUACCGGGCGCAGCCGUAGUAGGCGUCAAAGUACAGUGAGUGAACCAGUCUUAGUAGAGUACGGCGGUGAUCCGAUCUACACCGAUCGCCCAGCGAGAAGUCGAAGCCGUAGCCGCAGCCGUAGCCGCAGUCGUGACCGAACCCGCUCGCGCCGUAGACGUCGACGAAGCUCUUCUUCUUCUUCGGGCGGUAAGAGCCGGAGCCGGAGUAAGAGUCGGGCACGGGCGGUUGCAGAGACGGCAGCAGUUGCUGGCGUUGCCGGUUUAGCUGCUCAUGAGGCGACAAAGAGACGAGAUCGUAAGAAGGCCGAAAAGGAAGCCGAAAGACGACGCGAGGAGGAUUCGGCAUACUCGACUGGGACCUACGACAGUCCCUACGGGAGCCCUACCGCAUCUACAGCCUACACCAAUGAUUCACGAUACUUCCCUGAGACGAACUAUUUCCCUCCACCUCCUAACGCACCCGCCGUCGAUCCCAACGCUCACAGCCCUUACCCACCCUACAAUCCAGCUGACUACCCCCCUCCACCUAACAACGCUUACGAACCCAACCACCCUUCACAAUACAUCCAUCCGCCUCAUAGCGAUGUCCAUGUCGGAAACCCUUAUGCUCCUCCUCCUCAACAACAACACGAUGCUUACUAUGGCCAACCCCGUCGUACGGACGGUAAUGUGAGUGCUCCAGCCCCUAACCAUAUUGGUAACAAGCACAAAAACUUCGCUUCUGCACGUGGGCCCGUAGAGAAGUCUCGCAGUCCUAGUCCAGCUCUUCCGACUCCACCACCCCCGGAAGAAGAGAAGAGUGUCAAGUUCAAUCUAGAGCCGCAGGAGGAGCCUGCUCGGGAACCUUCUCGAGAGCCUUCUCCUGAGGGUGACGACAGCGACCAGGAACAUCGUGGGCACAGAAGACGGAGGCGACAUCGAGACGAUGAUAACUCACAAAGUUCGAGGGAAUCUGGCAGGAGUCGUAAGAGACACCACCGAGACGAAUCUCCUGGAUCUGAUGCAUCUGAUGAGACAAUUGAGCUGCCACCACGCUUCGACGAGAAUGGGCGGAAGAGGCCUGAGGAUCCGCUGGCUGAUACUUUGGAGAGCGUUUUGGCUUCGAUAUUCCGAUAG